UCUUGGCAAUGGCAACACAGCUGAGAUGAAUGAAAAUAAACAAAAACCACAGAUUUACCACAGUCUGUGUACAAACAUCUCGAAUUCUUUUUCGGAACUCGAAUGUCGAUCUUGCAUUAUUUCGAUUCUUUCGGCUUCCCAGGCUCACCAACGUGCAACCAUUCUUCUUUGUGAUUGUUGACUAUAACAUGCUCUUUAUACUGUCGUUGAAGAUCUGAAUUGUUGUUUGUUCUUUCCUUGUUCUUUUUUCUCGAUGGGGAUUUUCAUAUAGAUUAAUACCAUGCUUUGGCCAUUAGUGGACUUGCAUCAGCUGUACUCAGAAUAAUUAUGGUAUUUAUUCUAUAAUGUAGUACAGAAUUUUAACAAAGAUGUAUAUCAUUUGCACUAUAUGUACCGACCCAGUAAACCCGGCGGACUACUUGAACGUAAUAAAUUGCGGUCACAUGUUUCAUUGCCGUUGCCUUGAACAAUGGAUUUUAAGAUCGAAAACAUGCCCACAAUGCCGUCAAGAGGUGUCGUACGAGCGAAUGUAUCGAGUGUACCCCACGAUGUCAGACGAGCCCAGGGAUACCGUCCAGGAAGAAAUUGAGCCCAACCCAGAGCCAGACAAAACUCAGGAAAACGAAGAACUCAUCAGACUGUACACUGCGGAGCUUGACAAUCGCAAUUUCGAACUGAUCAAGCUGAAAAGCGAAUAUCUCGCCCUGAAACGCAUGCAUGACGUGAAUGCCGCGGAUAUUGUCUACCUGAAGAAUGCCAAGAGGGUUAUGAAUGACGAAAUGAAACGCCAAAACACUGUGUAUAAUGAGCUGCGGGAACAGUUCGACGCUCAACACUCGGAUUUGGGGUUGUACAUAAAAAGAAAUAACCAUCUUACCCACAAGAUCGAUGUGAUGGAGAAAGAAAUGAAGAGAUCCAAAGAGCAAUUGCUUCGGACAUAUUUUGAGAAAAUUGCCUUACAACAGGAGCAGGGCAUCAUUAACAACAAAAUGGCUGACAUAAAGAAACGUAUCAAGGAAGGAUCGAUUGGGAAAAACGAAGUGUGCGGGACGUAUAAUACAAUAUUUGCGACACUGUCAAAGUUUUUCGACAAUAAUAUAAUAAAUAUGGACCUGGAAAACGUGAAAAAGUUGUCUAAAAUAUUGGCGGAGGAUGUCGUCCGUCAAAACAGACUCAGCUCAUCGUAUGUAGAAGCGCCAACGCCUAAGGAAAAUCCAAAAUCCAAUUUGGAUUGCCCCAGCACUAGUUCAAACAGUGAGGUUCUUAUAAACGGGCUGCCAUUCCAGGAUUGGAUUCAAAAAUUGAGUGAAAAAUCAUCUAUAACAUGCGGAAUUGUACCUAAAACAAAUGAAACUGCUACGCGUGUAUCGCCUAGUUUGAUGAAAAGAUUUGAUAGUGAGAGAUCGAGCGUUCAAAUUACGACUGUCAACCGGUCGACUUCAAAACAGUGUGAUGACGUCAAACCGUCGACUUCACAAUGGGACAGCCGGGUCGGCAAAGAACCGUUGCCACCGAAACCUAUUUGUUGUUCGAAUAACCAUUUGUGCAACAAAGAUUUGAUUAUAUACCCAUCAAAUUCGAAACCAUUCGACUGUGUCUACCAUACUUCAAGGCAUGGCGACAACGCUUACCCGUCGACUUCAAAAGAGAUAAUACCAAGAAACCAUAUAACCAACGGAGAUUUGACCGUUUAUCCAACGUCGAAACAAUUUAAUUCUGUCAACUUGUCGACUUCAAAACCUUUGGAAAAUUUAUUCCCGUCGACUUCAAAGCGUCCAAACAGUCAUGUUCCGAGUGGGGUAUUAGGCAAACCUCUGUCUCAUAUGUUGCCAAAGGGUACUACUAUCGUUCCGAAACCCAUGCAUUUUACUAAUAAAAAUGUAGUACAAUCGUCAAAAGUACCGUCUAAGGGUUUCGUCUUUUCCCCACCAGUGACCUCAAACAAACAGUGGCAAGAUAUUGUGAGAGGACAACUGUCCAAAAUGCCAGCCACAGAUGUAUUCGGCUUUUCAUCGAAACAGACUAACAAUGCAAGCAAUAGGCAUGCUAGUAUCACUCUGACGCCUUCAAAACAGCCUGACAAUGCUCAACCGUCUACUUCCAAACAGUCGAACAUCGUUUAUCCAUCGACUUCAAAACAGCCUGACAAAGUUUACCCAUCGACUUCAAAACAGCCUGACAAAGUUUACCCAUCAACUUCAAAACAGCCUGACAAUGCUCAACCGUCUACUUCAAAACAGACGAACAUUGUUUAUCCAUCUACUUCAAAGCAGCCUGAUAACGUUUAUCCAUCGACUUCAAAACAGCCUGAUAACGUUUAUCCAUCCACUUCAAAGCAGCCUGACAAAGUUUACCCAUCGACUUCAAAACAGCCAGAUAAAGUUUACCCAUCGACUUCAAAACAGCCUGAAAAAGUUUACCCAUCGACUUCAAAACAACCUGACAACGUUUUCCCAUCGACUUCAAAGCAACCUGACGUUUUCCCAUCGACUUCAAAACAGCCUGACAAUGUUUUUCCAUCUACUUCAAAACGACCUGACAACGUUUUCCCUUCUACUUCAAAACAACCUGACAACGUCUUCCCAUCAACUUCAAAACAACCUGACAACGUUUUCCCAUCAACUUCAAAACAACCUGACAACGUUUUCCCAUCAACUUCAAAACAGCCAGACAACGUUUUCCCAUCAACUUCAAAACAGCCUGACGUUUUCCCAUCGACUUCAAAACAACCUGACAACGUUUGCCCAUCGACUUCAAAACAACCGGACGUUUUCCCAUCGACUUCAAAACAGCCGGAAAAUGUUUUCCCAUCAACUUCAAAACAACCUGACAACGUUUUCCCAUCGUCUUCAAAACAGCCUGACAAUGUUUUCCCAUCAACUUCAAAACAACCUGACAACGUUUUCCCAUCGACUUCAAAACAGUCUGACAACGUUUUCCCAUCAACUUUAAAACAGCCUGACGUUUUCCCAUCGACUUCAAAACAACCUGAAAACGUUUUCCCGUCCACUUCAAAACAACCUGACGUUUUCCCAUCGACUUCAAAACAGCCUGACAAUGUUUUCCCAUCUACUUCAAAACAACCUGACAACGUUUUCCCAUCAACUUCAAAACAACCUGACAACGUUUUUCCAUCGACUUCAAAACAGCCUGACAAUGUUUUCCCAUCUACUUCAAAACAGCCUGACAACGUUUUCCCAUCGACUUCAAAACAGGAUACUUUAACAAAUUGCCAUGUAAAAGAGCCUUUAACAGAAAUAUUGCCCAAAAUCGACGCCCUAUGCUUAAGGCAACACAGCUCUGAAGUUCCGAGCGCUCUUAAAUCUCAAAACCAAAAAUAUACGUAUUUCGGAGAAGACUGCGCGAACAAUAACGCUGUCAAUCAAUUUACGAACACAGGCCGGGAAUCGAUUUUAACAGUCGAGAAUCCGCGUAGCGAACAAGAGCUAUGCGAGUAUUUGAGGAAAUUAAACAUGGCUGUCGAGUCUGCCGUCUCCAGGGACGGCGCGGAGACAUUGUUGAAACAGUUGUUCGAUAUUUUGCCUGAAGUGGCUUCCGUUCUGCAGAAUUCUAACGUUGAUAGCGCGGCGUGCGAUUUGAUUAGACAAGUGUACUGCGCGUUUAAGAAGAGCGAAUUGGAACUUGCGUGUGAACCGCUCAAUGAGGGUAUAGUGAGUGGAAUGUUGGAGAAGCAUUUCGGCUCUUUGUCGGUUGGGGGGCAGCCAGUGUUCACUUUUCAGGCGAGGAAGGGUGUUAGUGAUGUAUCAGAAGCGGCAAAACUGAAGAAGAAAUCUGCGCAGUUACCUUUGAAUCACGUCGCACGCAGCGCCCGCCCCGAGAGAGAGGAACAGCGAUAUGUGAAAGCGAGAAGGGUGAACAGCACCGCCGCCAAACCUGUGCCUUUUCAAUUUAAACCAUUGAAACCUGAAUAAUAUUAACAUGGGUGUAUAAUAUGAGGUUAUGUAACACUUACUUAUACAUUUUCUGAACUAUGUACACAUAUUCAUACAUACAUAUGAUCACGUCUUUAUCCCUUACGGGGUAGACAGAGCCAACAGUGUUGAAAAGACUGAUAGGCCACGUUCAGCUGUUUGGCUUAAUGAUAGAAUUGAGAUUCAAAUAGUGACGGGUUGCUAGCCCAUCGCCUAAAAGAAGAAUCGCAAGUUUAUAAGCCUUUCCCUUAGUCGCCUUUUACGACAUCCAUGGGAACGAGAUGGAGUGGUCCUAUUCUUUUUUUUUAUUGGUGCCACACGGCAUAUUCAUUCAUGUUUUUUAAUGUAGGUAGACAAUGCGCAUUCGUCCACGAUUUAGAUUCAAAAGAUCUAUAUUUGUAAAUUGACUUCCGGUGAAAAUGCUUCAGUGUAGUUUGUUCCGCCUCUUCUUCUACACGUGCGCUUCGGAAGCGGUAGUAGUUACAAUUAGAUUUAAGUGAUGUGACGUCAAUAAGUGAUACUUUUUAUCUAAUUUUGAAAAUAAAUCUAUUCUAUUCUAUUCCACAGCAUAUUAUGUGUACAUAGUUCUGCGUUAUAAAGUUCCGUGCAGGGUUAUCUCAUAUAUAUUAUGAAAAAUUGAGCAUACAGCCUUAACUUUUUCUGCCAAAAGCAACUUGACGUAAAAAUCCACCUAAAGUUUAUUUUCAUGUAACUUUUUUUAUUAACUUUAAUUAUUUUUUUUAGUAAAGUGAAAUAAAUACGAAAAUUCUCUUUUUUAAUUACAAUCUUAUAUGAUUCUCUUAUGAUCUUUGCUCAAAAAUUAUUUUAAAUUUUUGAAAGACAUGUAUAAUUGUGAGCUUAAUCAUUUUAUACUUGAGUAUAUAGUGGAGUGAUCUGACAUUUGGAAAUAGGAUAAACAGGUCAGAUUUGACUAGUUGCAACAUAUAUGGCAUUGUUUAUUAAAUUCAACCAGAGGGCAGCACUUCUGAUCAAAUGCGUUGUUGCCAUUGGUUGAAAGUUUCGUUCCGCGGCGUCAUGGAAAAUGACACACAAUAAUAACUUUAUAUUUUUAUUUUAAUUGAAAUCUGUUAAGGUGGAUUCACAAGAUCGCCCUAAAAAUAUAGAAAUUAGUAGUACUGCUAUAAAACAUGUUUCGCUUUUUUUAGCAAAAAUACACAUUCAAUUUAAGUACAUGAUAUUUUGCGUAUUGGUUAUCUAAAAAUUGUUUUAUUUGUAGUAAAAAAAUUAUGAAAAUAAUACUAGAUUAGAUGCAAAAUUUCGUCUAAAUAAAUCAUAUCCUUUGGAAAUGAAAGCGAAAACAUGUUGUGUUAACCGAUUCAUUGCGGAUGACGCCAAUGGGCGUCAUUGAUUUCUUUUACCAAUGGCGUUUGACGCCAAAUGGCGUCAAAAUAAAUUUAUCCGCAACUCUGAGGAAUGACAAUUUCUAAAGUCCUACCUAACAGAACUGCUAUUAUUUGUCACGUAGGUUGUGUCCGUAUCAAUAGUUUUAGGAAAUAGAGGCGGUUUCAAAACUUCAGAAGUUGCAAACCUUUUUUUAUUAUUAAUAGAAUGAAACAGCUUGAAUAGGUUUUGAACGCAGUAUAUUAUUUAAAAUUUAAUUCGACGUAUGCAAAUUAAAGUCCGAGUACGCAUACAUGGUUGGAAAAUUUUUAAUUCUUCACCUAUCACUUGUGAAUACAAAUCUUGCCGUUUGUCAUAGUCGCCAACAGAACAGUACCUGUUGUACUGGAUUUGAAGUUAACUACACAUUUAUUUAUCCUACACGAACAUACUCAAGUAGAUAUGUACCUAUAUUAGGUUUUUUCGGAUACCAGAAAUAUAAAAACUUAAUGAUGCAUAUGAAAGUAUAUGAAAAAUAUAUAUUCCGAUCAAUAUAUCUGUCAGUGUACACAAAUCCAAUUAGAUAACCUAUAUAAGGAUAUUUUUUUCAGAAAUCUCUACUUUAUAUACAAAAAAGGUUUCAAACAACUGAUCGAAAUAAAUCACUUACCAGCCAUUUCAGCUAAAUCUCGUAGCGAAGUCACUUUAAAACACACCAAACAAUUUAAUAGGCCGUUCACGUUUAACAUUCGAUGCCAACUGAAUGUAACCACGAGUAAACAAGCCAUAAUCGUACCAUGAAGCAAAAUUUGUUCGCUCAUGGCUGAAGACGCGUAAAGGCGUCACUUUAAUGGGUGGCGGCUGACGCGCGGAGGCGUCACAGAAGAUUUGUUAGCCGCCAUGUCGGAAAGUCUUAAAAAGUGUGGUACGCAAUGAAUCGGUUAAAAUACUACUACUCUUAAAAAUUUUAUUGUUUAAAAAUAUUUUAUUGACUUCAUAGUGAGUGCAUUGCAUUUUGUAUAAGUUCAUUUAUCACAUAAAACGUAUAGACUGAUUAUUAUUUACCUAGAGUAUAAGAUAUCAGAUUUUUUAUUAUGCAAGUAUAUUUUAAGUAUUGCCACAAAGUUAUUACCAAUCUAUUACCUCCUAUAAAAAUAUUGUGGUUAAUGGGGCACCUCAUUUAGUGGCAAAUGUGGACCCGCCCGAAUAUUGAUUAAGAAAUAUAUUUUUAAUGUGUAAAAUGUGGGUAGUUUUAU